AUGGAGUCGCUUCUGAACCAGUCCCGCGCCAUGUGCCCGUUCCUCAAGCGCACGCCCCCGUCCACGCUGCGCUCGCUGGCGACGUCCACCCGGCCCAGCAGCAGCCCUGGCGGCGGCACCAUCUCCAAUCUCCAGCUCCUGGCUCGUCGCUGCCCCGUCAUGGGCAAGGCUCUGGCCGUCCAGAGUGCCCGUCUUGCCUCCAAGCGCUUCACCACCGCCGCUGCCGUCGGAUCCGGCAUGGGCGUCGCCCGCUCCGAUCUGAAGACCUUCAAGGAGACCACGCGCUGCCGCAGAGGCUUGCACUCGACCCAUGGCAACAGCGCUAGCGUCGAAUCGGCGACCUUCAAGAAGAACGAUCCAGUGCAUCCUCCGAACUUGCCCAACAAUCCCGUGAAACCCGCGGCCAAGCCCUCUGAAACUCCCUUCACCGGACCUCGUCCGCAGGCCCCCUGCCCCGCCCGAUUCGACUACGAGGCCUUUUACCGGAGCGAGCUGGAGAAGAAGCACAAGGACAAGUCGUACCGCUACUUCAACAACAUCAACCGUCUCGCAAAGGAAUUUCCCCGCGCGCACAUGGCGAAUCCCGAAGAACGGGUCACGGUGUGGUGCUCAAACGACUAUCUCGGCAUGGGCGGCAACCGUGAGGUCUUGGAGACCAUGCACAAGACCCUCGACAUCUACGGAGCCGGCGCGGGUGGCACGCGCAAUAUCUCCGGUCAUAACAAACAUGCGGUCGAGUUGGAGAAAACGCUGGCCAAGCUUCAUGGGAAGGAGGCAGCGCUGGUGUUCAGCUCCUGCUACGUUGCCAACGAUGCCACGCUCGCGACCUUGGGCAGUAAAAUGCCCGAUUGUGUGAUUUUGUCGGACAGUCUCAACCACGCCUCCAUGAUCCAGGGGAUCCGGCACUCAGGGGCCAGAAAGAUAAUUUUCAAGCAUAACGACGUCGCCGACCUUGAGGCUAAACUGGCGUCUCUGCCACCGCACAUUCCCAAGAUCAUCGCCUUCGAGUCCGUUUACAGCAUGUGCGGCUCGAUUGCGCCCAUCGAGAAGAUCUGCGAUCUCGCAGAGAAGUAUGGGGCCAUCACCUUCCUUGACGAGGUCCAUGCAGUAGGCAUGUAUGGUCCUCACGGUGCCGGUGUCGCCGAACAUCUCGACUACGACAUUUAUGCCUCCCAGGACACGCCUCACCCGCGUAGCACCAAGGGAACGAUCAUGGAUCGGGUAGAUAUUAUUACUGGAACGCUGGGCAAGGCCUAUGGCUGCGUGGGCGGUUACAUUGCCGGCUCGGCGGCCAUGGUCGACACGAUCCGCUCGCUGGCGCCGGGCUUCAUUUUUACGACUUCGCUGCCGCCUGCAACUAUGGCGGGCGCCAACGCAGCCAUCAAAUACCAGGCUAGGUACACUCGCGACCGGGUGUUGCAGCAACUGCACACCCGCGCGGUCAAGGCGGCGUUCAAGGAGAUAGACAUCCCGGUGAUUCCCAACCCGUCUCACAUUGUGCCGCUGCUGGUGGGUGAUGCCGAGCUUGCGAAGGAGGCCUCUGAUCUGCUGUUGGAGGAGCACGGCAUCUACGUCCAGGCCAUCAACUACCCGACUGUUCCCCGUGGAGAGGAACGACUGCGCAUCACCCCGACUCCAGGUCACGUCAAGGAGUACCGCGACCACCUGGUGCAGGCGGUAGACGCUGUCUGGCGGAAGCUCGGACUCAAACGCACCAGCGACUGGAAGGCGCAGGGUGGCUUCGUGGGUGUCGGCGUCGAGGGGGCAGAAGCGGAGAACGCGCCUAUUUGGGACGACGCCCAGCUGGGACUGCGUGAAGGUGAAUCCCUCGAGGCCGCUGUAGAGCGUGAACUACAGAUGCAGGCCAUCGAGAAGCAGCGGCUGGCGGGAUUGCAGCGCAUGCAGACGGGUGGUGUCGUCGACUCCGCUGCUGCACCGAUUGCCAACACUGCUGUCGGAGUGGCUGCCUAG